UUAUUCCGUAAAUAACAUGGUUGAUAACUGUGGCAUUUAUAUUCACUUUUGUUUUAGGAUGGCUAACAGAGACAACAAAGAGAACUUGGUGCCAAAAAGACAAAGAAUAAAGUACAAACCUGAACAGGUUGAAGUGCUAGAGAGGUUGUUUGAAGAGAACCAUUAUCCUGAUACCUUUCGACAAGAACAGCUUGCCCUUGACCUUGGUAUAACACUUGACAGAAUUUCUAUUUGGUUCCAGAAUAGAAGGUCAAAGUUCAAACGACAGCGUCAAGCAGAUCACAUGGCCUGGAUGCGCAAACAAAUCUUCCAGAGUAAGGACGAUCAUAAUAAUGGCAUUAUGUUCGGAACGCCAAAACUUCCGGCAUUGUCGUCUGCUUGUCACGUGUUGAGUCCUAUAGAGACACGAAUUCCAAGGGAUGAUUCUACAGCAGAUUUAAAUUCUGUAUCUUCAAGUCCUUGCAUGUUGAACAAUAUUUCAAGACCAUUGCCACACGAAAAUAUCUUUAAUUACAAUCACGAUCAGACGACAACAUGCCGUUAUGAGACAAACAUGACAUCUGCUCCAGCGUUCUUCUUAACGCCUACACGAACAGGUCUAGAAUAUGACUAUACGAGUUCACCUAACACUAUGUUACAGCACACACAUGUACCAGUCUUUGACAUGUUUCAUUUUGUGUCAUCAAAUAGUUCACCAGCUUACGUUCCCAGCAUGCACGCUGUCGCUCAAAAUCACGUUACAAGAUCUCGUUUGGACGAGAAUGAACUAAACAAAUGUGCAGUUAACGAGCAGCAGCCACAGAUGUCGUCAGAAGUCCACACAAACUUUAACAGCAAGAAGUGUCCAAGUUUACAAAGAGCUGAUAAUUCUUUUGGAGAAAAUUCGAGAUCCAUUAUAAACGCAAGUGAACGAGAUGUGAUAUGGUUAGAUACGGACUCGGGCAGCAGCCCAACCAAGGACACGACUCUUGAUUGUUUAGCCCAUUGGUGUUAAAAAUUUUAAAUUGAAAGAAACGAAGAUUUUAUAAAGAAAAUACCAGGACUUGUUCAAACAAUACAAAUGUGUAACUCAAUUAAAAUACAUGCAAAAGAAACACACAUGCGCACAGACGCACAAAUAUGUAAAUAUUUUCACCCAAAUCAUUGUGCCUCAUUGCAUUCGUAACAUGCCUGGAAACAAGAUACUUAAUCAAAUAAGCAGACAUUGUAAUUAAUAAUUGUAAAUGUGUUAUUGUUAUUAACAUUAUUUAUUAUUAUCUAUGUGCAUGCAUUUUCAUUUCAUUACAUAUGUAAUUGCACAGUUCCCGUAUGACAAAUUAUCACAAAAAGAGCAAGUUUCAGGUACAUUUAUCAGUAGCAAGUGCUAAGUUAUUAAUUUUGAACUUUGAAAGUGUAUAGCUUAUUUAAACUAUAGUUGAAAAUUGAAGCGAGAAUCAUUAUUUUGCGCUUAUGUUGUACAUUGUGAAAUUAGUUUAUACAUGUAUAUAGUAUAU